AUGUGGGUCGCCUCGAGGCCCUCAACGGAAAGCAGGGUGGAUGGACAAGACAAGACUUGGGCAGCGCCGGCGACGGUGAUGGAAAAGCUUGACUGCAUGGAGAGAAAGCUGUUUAGUCGACUGCUAGGCUACUUUGGCUCCGAGUCAGAGGCGGGUGCAUCGUUUCUAGUUAAUACUAGCGGCGCAACUCUCACAACUGGUGGUCCGCUAACAUCACGAUUUCGUGGCUAUCAAGGCUCUGAAGAAGGUGACGACGCCGAAACGUUAGCCAGAAUAAAGAUCAAUAACAAUCUUGGUUCAGCUUAA